UGUGCAGAGCGUUUUUGCGCCAUCAAACACGAUCCCGAACCGAGCAGAUUCGAAAGUUUUAACACCGCGUGCACCAAAGGCAACAGCAACAACAACAGCAACAAUAACAAUUUAGACCCGUUACGAGUGACGGAAACGGAAAGUAAAAGCUUCGCCAGCGACCAGAUCAGAUCCCCCAGCACUACAGACAUGGCCGAGACCAUCAACAACAAGCCCAGCAUACAGAUCCGCAGCGGUCUGCCCUCGCCGCUGCCGGACAAGAGCCCCUCGCCGGCCACCAAGCUGCUGAUCAGCCAUGGCAAGCCCAACUUUACCAUUUCCAAGUCCGCCAAGGGCGAGGAGAACGGCAAUGCGCUGUCGCCCCAGCCGAGUGCCACCAACAACUACAAUGCCUACAAGAGUGCCAACAGCAAUGUGGCCAAUAAUAACAACAACAAAUUCAUCGUCGGCACCAAGUUCAAUGGCGUCUUCAAGCCCUCGAAUGGCACCGCCACCUGGGCCACCAAUGGCAAUGGCAACGGCACCUCUGACGGCGAGAACGAAGCCUCUAAGGUCGUGCUGCGACGCCCCAAGCUGGCGGAGUCACCCACACCCGCCGAUUCGGAGGACGCCGAUGUGCCGGAGUUCAUCAGACGCCAGCGACGCAUCCAGGAGCGAUUGGCCAAGGAGAAUGUGUUGGACUUUGAGAACCGGCGCAGUGGCUAUUUCACGCACGUCAUGAUCUCGCCAGACUCGCCCAACCGCACCUCCUUUGUGGAGACCAUGGCCAGCCCAGCCAUUGUUCCAGCCCUUGAGAUCCCCGCCCCGGUGGCCGAGAAGGUAGAGGAGGAGAAGGAGCAGGAGCCACAGCCCGUGGUGGCUGCUGUUGUCACCUCUGCUCUGAUCACCGAACCCGAACCCGAACCUGUAACCAAUGGGCACAGCGAGGAAGUCGCCAUCACCAAUGGACAUUCGAAGGAGGAAAGCUCUGAUGUGGCUCCCGAGGAGGUGGCCAAGGCCAUUGAGGAGGUCAACAAGGCUGUGGCUGGCGAGGAGGAAGCAGAGGUGGAAGCAGCUCCCGAACCAGCUCCAGUGGCUGUCCCAGAAUCAGCUCCAGUGGCGGCUGAGAGGAAAGCAGAACCAGAGCUAGAGGCAGAGGCUGUAGAGGCAGCACCCGUAGCCGUGGCACCCACAUCUGCCCCCGCUCCGGUGGAGGCCCAGGUGGAGGUGGUAGAGCCAGCUGCCCCGGCAACAAACGGCCAAAAGGAGGAGGAAACUCCAGCCACAAAUGGACACAAGGAGGAGGAAGAGGCCAUCACCAUUUCCCACACCAAUGGACAGACCAAUGGUCACAGCAGCGAUGGCCCCAGCAUACCUUCCCCAGAUCCCAGCGGCGCCCUAGGAGUAAACUACGAGCCCAAGACAGUGGUCAGCUUCUCCCAGGAGCUGGGUGGCGGCGAAAACAAUUAUCCCGACACCGUUAAGGUAGUGACCGAAGGCAGCCCUUCACAGGCCGAUGGAGAGCUCAAGGAGCUGGCCAAGCUGAAGUUUGACAUCAAGAGCGACGAGCAGAACGAUGAUGUCCAGGUGACGCCAGCCUUGCGCGCGGAGUAAGGAUCAGAUUGAAUGGAUCAGGAGUAGUGCAAUUUGUUUGUUAAAACAAGAGAAAACCAUCAACUAUUGUAUUGUAUUUUGUGUUAGUUGCUAAGUUGAUUACGAGAAAUGUUGCCAAAUUUAAUUUUAUGCUUUCGCGCAUCAGUCAGUAUCGAGUAUGGAGAGAGUGGAGAGAGGUCGCCAGCUGUUGAGGCCGAGUCCCCAACAUUUGUUGUUUGCCGGGACUUGCAAAACCAAACUACGUUUAUUGCAAUAGACACCAUUUGCUUUAUUUAAAUAAAUUAUUAUUAUUGAAAA